AUGCACCACGACGGCAAGCUGCACCUGACUGAGGAAGAGUGGGAUGCACGGCGGAGGAAGCGCGAUAAUGAGAAAACUGGUGGUGGAGGUAGCAGCAGCGUGACGCACCGUGUCAAACAUGGGCGCGGGCACGGGCGCGGCCGUGGCAGCGAAAAGGGCUCGUCAUCAGGCGGCCUGACGGGCAACUCAGGCCGGCCCAAAGGUGAUGAGUGCAGGAGAUGCGGGAAGCUGGGCCACUGA